AUGCAGGAGUCAUCUGCGCGUGAAGUGCAUUUGGCUUCUACAGCGGUGGCGCAAGGCAACCUGCGACCUGGAUUUCUUCAGUCCGCAACUUCACUUGACGUGAUCAAUUUCCCGUCUCUGGGCCUCGACACAUUUAGUUCAUACCAUCCAGUAUCCGGAAAACCACGUAAACUGUCCGGUUUAAAAAAAAGAAACACCACAGAGGCGGCACCCUUGGACUAUGAUUUCCUGGAAUAUAUAAGAAGGGACAAUGUUAUGGUCAAGUGUGACGGGCCUUUAUGCAUUCUUGCUGUACCGAUAGAACGAAAUUCUCAACUGGAAAAUGUACAAAACAAAAGUAAUGUGGUACAAGAGCGGGCAACUUGUCUCAACAGUAACGGCUGCAAGAAAAGAAAGACGCAAUGUGGUUGUCUGGUGAAAAGACCAAAGCAUUGCAAGGAAAGACCUCGGCUGGACAAAUGUGCUGAAGCAAAGAAGAAGAUGGAAGCUUGCAAGAGGAAAUGCAAAGAGAAGAAAGAUAAAGAUAGCAGGAAUUCAACAGAAGAAACUGGCACGAAAAUCCCAGACCCAUAUUACCCAGAUUGGGAUCCAACCAGGUCUUACGAGAACUAUGGAUCUGUUGAGCCAUAUUUUGACAACGGGUUUUUGAAGUUCAAAAGUAAACACAAGAAACACGCUGCAUCAGACCGCAAAUCUUCAGACAACAUCGACCAGAAGGAACUGUUUAAUGGCAAUACUUACGAGGAUUCAACCGGAGAAAAUUCAAACAACAAUUUCAAAUCAGGUCAAGAUAAGAUAACCAUACAAGCUUUUGGUUCAGAUAAGUCUGAUAAUUCCGUGCUGGUCAACAUAAAACCAAGUUCCCUGCUAAAGAGGAUUAUAGGAGCAAGCAACACGGUAAAGAAUCGCAAAUUACAGUUGCUUCGGACUAAAAAUGUCACUAUAAAUUACGGGGAAGAGCCCAAAGUGGUUCGAUCUAUGAGUGUCAAUGUGGAGACAAAGAAUUUAGACUCAAACACACAAGAUCUCGAUGAGUUUGUUAAGGAACUAAGGUCAAGUGACGAGCGUAAGGGCAAAGAUGAAUCUAGGAAGUAUGACACGAACAGUCGUGAAGAAGAUACGAAAGUCCUGCACCUAACAAGAAAUGAGACUCUAAACCCAGGAUCACUGAUGCAUAUAGCCAAAAUACUGAAGGGAAUGAAACCGGAGCAACUAUUCAGUGCAAUAAUAGGCCAUAAUCAGCGUAGAGCCCUGAAGAAAUGGAGUCAGAAGAAGAAACAGAAACACUCAAAGAAAUCGAAGAAAAGCGACGAAUCUGAGCAGGAGGAAUCCUCAGAGUCCACAGAAGCCGAACAAAAGUCUGGGGAAGGUAGGUCCAAUAAAUCCAAAUCGAAAUCGUCGGAAACUGAAGAGGAAGAAGAAGUUGAGGACAACAAGAAACACAAACCAAAGAGAUUCCAAGUAAUAGACAGCAUGAUAAACAGGUUUGUAGAGAAGGAACUCUUCAAGUUCAAUGAAAACGAGAAGAAUGACAAAUCUUCUCCCAAGUCUUCUGAGAGCGCGGAACUUGAACCGUUGACCGAAGAGGAAAUUACCACCACAACCAAAAAGCCCAAGCAGAAAAAGAAAUUCAAAGGCCCCGGGAAGCCGAUGACUAUCAUACAAGCACCAGGGAGAAUGUACAAAGAAGGCGAGGAUUUCAGAAGGAACAGGCUCCCGUAUUUCCUGCCCAAAAGAUACGAUUGGGACCCGAAAGACUACAAUAAGCUUGGAUAUUUCUGGUUCAACGGACCCCAGGGAAGAAACCCUGGGCCUUGGAGGAUAUAUUAUUAG